GCCUUCGCGUCCGUGUCGCCUGCGCCCCACCGCUGCCGCCCCAAACUUUGGCCAGCACCGCCCGGGCUCCGCGCCAGGGACGAGCCAGGGCCUCCGGGUCCCACGCGGAGGCAGCGCGCAGCCGGGCUCAGCGGGUCGCGCGCUCUGGCCUGGCGCUGCGAAUGCGAGGUGGGUCAGGGCGCUCACUGCACACCCGUCGUGGCGCGAGAGCCUCGGAUCAAGACCAGUUGACACAGACCUUCCCUCUUUAAGGAGCGAGGAAUUUUCAAGAUGAAUUAUACCAAGUCCAGCCCAUUGGCAGAAUCAACUGCAAUAGGUUUUACACCUGAGUUAGAAACUAUCCUACCUGUGCCUUCCAAUGAGACCACUUGUGAAAACUGGAAAGAGAUACAUCAUCUAGUUUUUCAUGUAGCAAAUAUUUUUUUUGCAAUUGGGUUGGUUAUUCCAACUACUCUUCACCUUCAUAUGAUACUUCUUAGGGGGAUGUUAACUAUAGGAUGUACCCUUUACAUCGUCUGGGCCACGCUCUACCGAUGUGCCUUGGAUAUCAUGAUCUGGAACUCGGUGUUCCUGGGGAUCAACAUUUUGCAUCUUUCAUAUCUUUUGUACAAGAAAAGACCGGUAAAAAUCGAAAAGGAACUCAAGAGCAUCUACCAGCGAUUGUUUGAACCACUCCGGGUGCCUCCAGAUUUGUUCAAAAGGUUAACUGGACAGUUUUGCAUGAUCCAAACAUUGAAAAAGGGUGAGACCUAUGCUGCAGAGGAUAUAACCUCAGUUGAUGACCGUCUGAGUAUUCUCCUGAAGGGAAAAAUGAAGGUCUCCUAUCGAGGACAUUUUCUGCAUAAUAUUUACCCCUGUGCCUUUAUAGAUUCUCCUGAAUUUAGAUCAACCCAGAUGCACAAAGGUGAAAAAUUCCAGGUCACCAUUAUUGCAGAUGAUAACUGCAGGUUUUUAUGCUGGUCAAGAGAAAGAUUAACUUACUUUCUGGAAUCAGAGCCUUUCCUAUAUGAAAUAUUUAGAUAUCUUAUAGGAAAAGACAUUACAAAUAAGCUCUACUCAUUGAAUGACCCCACCUUAAAUGAUAAAACGGUCAAAAAGUUGGACCAGCAGCUCAGCCUUUGCACACAGCUGUCCAUGCUGGAAAUGAGGAACAGUAUAGUCAGCUCCAGCGAAGAUGAAGACGGCUUACACCAGUUUCUUCGGGGCACCUCCAGUGUUUCCUCUCCUCAUGUGUCACCCCUACACCAGCGAGCCUCUGCGAAGAUGAACCCAAUAGAGGAAGGGGUGGAAAACGAUGACGAGGUCUUUGAACCCGUGUCCUCGAAUACGCUUCAAGUUCGUCGCUGGCCUUGAUCCCGAGAGAGGAUUCACGUUACCAAGAGGGAAACUGUCUGGAAGAGAUCCUGAAAAAUACCAGCACUUUUUCACUGCUUUUCAAUUGUUCUGCUUUAAUAUUGAUACUCCCAGCCUGGGAGAGUCUGAGGGCAGGAAAGGGAGGGAGAUUCAAAACAUGGGAAGGUUAUCUUCUCUUUUUACUGGUCAGCUUUCUGUUCCACUGAGCCUUCUGACUAAACCGAGUGCUAUUUUUGAGAGAUAUAUUUUCACAGUGUUUUCUAGAUAUGUUAUCAUUUAACUUAAAAAAAAUCUUAGCGCUUUGUCAUUGCAAAUGCCUUCACGUAUCUUUCCGAGCUGUUCCUUUUCGUCAGAGACAGUUUUUUCUCUGCCGUGGCAAUGGGGCUGUCCGUUUGAUAGUUUUAACAAACAAUGUAAGUUCGAAAUCGAGGCUGAGGUAACAUUAAAAAGCAGGGAAUCUCAGCCUUCGCUCAGUUGAUUUUUUGGUUGGAAAAUUUUAAAGAAAGGUGUGAUGCGAUUCAUGUAUAUUUUUCUCUCAGGCCAGACACGUCAUUCUACUAGACUGCCUUCCUUUUGUGGGCAUUGUGUGGAUAGCUUGAUACUGAACAAAGCUCGUCAGACAUUGCUCACGUUACCCUUAUAUUAUGCUGUUUGGAAGUUGGGCUGAACCCUAAAGCUGGAAAUGUAACCAUGGAAGCGGUUCUGAGCCUGGGGUCGGCCUUGGGCUAAACCAGCCCAGCUGUGAUGUGGAGCCAUCUUGCCCCACCCUCCGCUAUAGGAAGCACGUUCCUUGGGGCGGGAGGACUGGAGAGUCAAGUGGCCAAACAAGUGGCGCAGAAUGACGAGGCUGACGGAGCCGCUGCACUCUUCAGCUGCUAUUCCUUUUUUUUU